AUGGCCGGGGCGACGAGCGCCACAGGCGGCGAGGACGACGAGGACGAGCGGUGCCAAGGCGGCAAGCGCGGGCUUCGUUGUCACGCAUCCAUGGCGGCCUUGACUGGCUCGAUCCUCUCUCUGUGUGCUGGAGUGGAUAAGGCUCAAAGCAGUGAACCGUUAGUUGGGUACAAGCGCCAGAGGAGUAAGGCAAUUAUCUGCCGAGGGAAGCGCCCUGAUGAUAUUGUGAGCAAUGAGAGUCUUCCCGGAGAUGCUGAAAAUAUGAGUGACAAAAGCGGUGGUGUGGAUAAGCCACCAAAUCCAAAGCGGCAGAAAACCGGAGGAAACGAGGGUCGUAGGAAUAGGGCAUCGCCUGCAAGGCUGUUCAAAUUGAAUAAAGAGUUGGUUUCUAAUCAAAAAGGUGUUAUUAUUGGAAAAGAGUUUGGAGGCCUGCUGGACCUUGCAGCGAACAGCAUGCCUGGCGAUCUUAGUCAAUGGAUAAUGAAGCAUUAUGAUCCAGAGAUGUCACAGAUAGUUAUUCCAGAGAGGGGGAAGAUUCCAGUAGAUGCUGCGAGUGUUCGGAGGAUAUGGGGUUUGCCAAAUAGGGGGAGAAAAGUCUGUUACGAAAACCGCCCUGAGAUCACAAAGGCAAUGUUCAGGAUUUACAAUAUCACUUCAAAGAAUUCACCAUCUCUCACAGCAUGGUGCAAGAUGAUCAAAGAUAUGGCAGGAGCUCACGAUGACGACUUCCUACGCGCAUGGUUGUCUCUUGUCUUCUCUUGCUUCCUUGCACCAUCUACAAGUUUAAGCAUUUCACCAAAAAGCUUCCCUGCGGUCAUGGAUGUAAAUGGAAUAACUGAAACCAACAUAUGCCAGUUUGUGGUUGAUCAACUAAAGCUAGCAUUCAAAUCAGGUCGUGCCAAGAAGGAUGUUUGUUGCUGUGUUUUCCACCUCGUAGUAAGUCCACCUACCUUUUGA